AAGCCUUUUCUUUUUGUUGACAAACAAAAAGUUGAAAAUUGCGGCACAUGUACCACUGCCUUGUUUGAGUUCAGCAUAAUUUUAUCACUUAAAAAAAAUGGAAAACGUUCACUUACCACAGAAAAGAUAUUAUCGACAAAGAGCGCAUUCAAAUCCCAUAGCUGAUCAUAAUUUCGAUUACCCUUUGACUCCAGAUCAUAUGAAUUGGGCUCCUUUGUAUCCUAUGUAUUUUGGGGAGGAUUCCAAAAAUUCUGAAGCCAAAGUAGAGUUUGCUGACAUAGGGUGUGGAUAUGGUGGAUUACUGGUUGAGUUAUCACCUAUAUUCCCUGAUACACUAAUGCUGGGUUUGGAGAUUCGUGUAAAAGUCUCAGAUUAUGUUCAGGAACGUAUCAAAGCUUUGCGAAUACAAAAUCCUGGGAAAUAUGAAAAUAUUGCUUGUCUUAGGUCAAAUGCAAUGAAAUAUCUCCCAAACUUUUUUAAAAAGGGACAAUUGAGCAAGAUGUUCUUUUUAUUUCCUGAUCCCCAUUUUAAAGCAAAAAAGCACAAAUGGAGAAUAAUUAGUACUCAGCUUUUAUCUGAAUAUGCUUAUGUGCUUCGCGUUAGGGGUAUUUUAUAUACAAUUACAGAUGUGAAAGAACUUCAUGAGUGGAUGGUAAAACAUUUGGAUGCACAUCCUCUUUUUCAAAAAAUCCCUGAGGAUGAAUUAGCUAAAGAUCCUGUUGUUGAUAAAAUUUUUGAAAGCUCAGAAGAAGCUAAGAAGGUAUCCAGAAACAAAGGUGACAAAUUUCUUGCUGUCUAUGUGAGAAUCGAAGAUUCUUUUUCUAUAAAAGCAGAACCAGCAGAUUCUGAUGGUACAUUUCAGUCAUCUAAUUGUAAAACGUAACUGUCUAUGAAAAUAACACAAUGUUUUGAAAUAAAUUAUAUGUAUUUUUUUUUU